GAUGUAGGAGGAUAGCUGUAAGGAGUACGGACGUUUAAUACGCUAAUACCUAAUUAUCCCGAAUCAUGCUGCAUACUGCGCAGUGCACCUGAUCGACUAAUUACCGUUCCGAGCUUCACAUUCCCGACGGAACCCUGCCAGUCAUGUUGCCUCUCCUGCUGCCGGCCUUCGUGCUCGGAGUCCAGGGCCUGUGUGGGGACUCAGUCCGCUGGUCGCACGACGUCCAGAUUGAGGACGUGUUCGGGGUGUGGUACGGUGUUGGUUACACCCAGCAUAACCCAGAUCUCACUAAUAGGCCUAACGAGGUGGGCUGCGUAACCCUGUACAUCACGGACGACGUAGGUGCUGAUUGGAUAGACUGGUCUAUACCCAGAGGGAACUACUCUGACGAGAGCUGGCGGUCAUACAAGAGUAACCCAUGGUCAGGGAACACUCUAGCUGGCUCCUGGUUUGAUAUUCCACUUAAUAGAAGAAGGAGACAGACUGAGAGGAAAGUGCAGGUUCUAUGGGAUGAGGACGGACAUACGUUACGACAGACAUAUACUUAUUAUACGGAGGAGCCGGGGUUUUGGACUGAGGAUGUCGUCCGUCCUUGGGAGAAACUAAUGAUGUCUAGGGGAUUGGAGGUCUGGUACCCCGACGACCCGCCCCGGCACCCCGACGUGAUAAAAAUCCUGAAGCUGACACCGCACACGCUAAUACUGAACCACUGCUCGGAAGUGGGGAACGGGGGGAUCUUCUCCCUCAUCCUCCGCCGGACUCCGUCCAGGGUGCAGCGGUGGGAGUGGUACCAGUACCAGAGGCAGUUCAACCACUUCGACCUGCCCCGCGUGUAUAGACAGUUCGCUAUUUGUUCCGGAAAUGUUAGGUGUUGUUUAAAUAUGGUACUAUACGCUGUCGCCAUUUUGAUUUUGUAUUAUUGUAAAAUUGAAUAAAGUUGGUUGUUA